AUGAGAAGUUCGGCAUUAGUCAUAUGUAUACUAGUGUUGGGAAGUGCCCUGUCUGCUGAAUUGGAUUUGGGUACAUCCUUAUUAUCUAUGGAUUUAUCUGAUGUGGCCCUUCUGGAUACUACAUCGAUGAGUUGUUCCACACCCCAGAACGAAUUUGAGAGAGUCUCUGCUUAAGUGGCAGCUUGGGCUGAUAUUGUUCAACAUAAGGAUUCCUUACAUCGAGAUAUCGAUAGAUUAGAGACCAUCAAAGAACUCAUACAAGAGAGAAAGUUCAAAUCAUUAGAGAAGUAGUUGAAUAAAUUGGAAUUGCCAAAGACAGAAAGCAAAAUCGGAGAACCUAUUUUGGCAGAGUUCAGACAGAAGCUCUAAGGAUUGAGCAACCCAGAAACUGCUGAUGAAUGUGAAGCUACUU